GAAUAUUGAAGGUUUUACUUCCUGGAGCCGAUCGAUAAUAAUCUCAGGAUAGGCUUGCGGAUGGAAACACAAGGCAAAGUAAUCACUUGCAAAGCUGCUGUGGCAUGGGGAGCUGGAGAAGCUCUAGUGAUGGAAGAUGUAAAAGUGGAUCCUCCUCAGAGACUCGAAGUGAGAAUUCGAAUCCUCUUCACUUCCAUCUGUCACACCGAUCUUAGCGCAUGGAAAGGCGAGAACGAAGCUCAACAAGCAUACCCUCGAAUCCUUGGCCACGAGGCGGCAGGGAUAGUGGAGAGCGUAGGGGAAGGAGUGGAAGAGAUGAAGGCAGGUGAUCAUGUGCUCCCUGUUUUCACAGGAGAGUGUGGAGAGUGCAGAGUCUGCAAGCGAGACGGAGCCAAUCUGUGUGAGAGAUUCCGAGUGGAUCCGAUGAAGAAGGUGAUGGUAAGCGAUGGAAAGACCAGAUUCUUCACCAGCAAAGACAACAAACCCAUCUUCCAUUUCCUCAACACAUCCACCUUCUCUGAGUACACGGUCAUAGACUCUGCUUGCGUGCUCAAGGUGGACCCUCUGUUUCCUCUGGAGAAGAUAAGCCUCCUCAGCUGCGGUGUCUCCACUGGAGUGGGUGCUGCGUGGAACGUGGCUGAUAUCCAACCUGGCUCCACCGUCGCCAUUUUUGGACUGGGCGCUGUUGGACUCGCCGUGGCUGAAGGUGCGAGAGCGAGGGGAGCCUCUAAAAUCAUUGGGAUCGACGUCAACCCUGAAAAAUUCCAACUAGGCAGAGAAGCAGGGAUCCGGGACUUCAUAAAUCCAAAGGAGAGUGAUCAGAAGGCAGUUCAUGAGAGAGUAAGGGAGAUAACAGAGGGAGGAGUGGAGUACAGCUUCGAGUGUGCGGGAAGCAUAGAAGCACUUCGAGAGGCCUUUCUGUCUACAAACUCAGGACUGGGAGUGACAGUGUUGCUGGGCGUUCACUCAAGCCCACAGCUUCUUCCUAUCCAUCCCAUGGAGCUCUUCCAAGGCCGAUCCAUCACCGCCUCUGUUUUCGGAGGUUUUAAACCCAAAACCCAAUUACCCAUCUUCAUCACCCAGUGCCUCCAAGGUCUUGUCAAUCUCGACCUCUUCAUCUCCCACCAGCUUCCCUUCCACGAUAUCAACAAAGCCAUGCAGCUGCUUAACCAAGGCAAGGCUCUUCGUUGCCUUCUCCGCCUCUGAACUGAAUUGAAUUGAACAUCUAUCUAUCAUCAUUCCAUCCUUUUUUUUUUUCUCUCAUUUUCCAAGUCAUUGUGAAAUUUCUAUUGCUUUCAAUUCAUAUAAUACUGUUAUUACCUAAAUAUAAAAUAAAAUAAAAUAAAUAAUAUA